AAGAAGAACUAGAUGACAAUUGUCAGAUUUAACCGGUAUACCUAUUCUCCAUUAAGGCUAAAGGUGUACCCAGGGACCUGGGAAACCUUUAUUUUUUAAAAUAAAUAUUUUGUGGGUACAAUGGCCGCCAGAUUUAUCAAAAAAUUAGCAUCAAGCCCUGGAGUUCGUUUAUAUUCAACUGAAGUAAGAACAUGUACUUUAAUCCCUGGAGAUGGUAUUGGUCCGGAAAUUUCAGCUGCAGUACAAAAAAUUUUUAAAGCUGCUAAUGUGCCAAUUGAAUGGGAAUCUGUUGAUGUCACACCUGUUAAACAACCUGACGGUACCUUUGGAAUUCCUCAAACUGCCAUUGAUUCUGUGAAUCGCAAUAAAGUUGGAUUGAAAGGGCCAUUAAUGACACCUGUCGGAAAAGGUCAUAGAUCUUUAAACUUGGCCCUUCGUAAAGAAUUUAGUUUGUAUGCUAACGUGAGACCUUGUCGUUCAUUAGAAGGAUACAAGACAUUGUAUGACAAUGUAGAUGUAAUUACAAUUCGAGAGAACACAGAAGGUGAAUAUUCAGGUAUUGAGCAUGAAAUUGUGGAUGGAGUUGUUCAAAGUAUAAAACUGAUUACUGAAGAGGCUUCCAGGCGUGUUGCAGAAUUUGCGUUUAAGUAUACGAAGGAAAAUAAUCGGCGCAAAUUAACUGCAGUUCACAAAGCUAAUAUAAUGAGGAUGUCAGAUGGUCUGUUUUUAAGAUGUUGUCGUGAAAUGGCUGAAAAAUAUCCUGAUGUUAAAUUUGAAGAAAAGUAUUUGGACACAGUUUGUUUAAAUAUGGUACAAGAUCCUUCUCUAUACGAUGUUCUUGUAAUGCCCAAUUUGUAUGGUGAUAUAUUGUCUGAUAUGUGUGCAGGUCUUGUAGGAGGUUUGGGUCUCACUCCAUCAGGAAAUAUAGGGAUUAAUGGGGCUUUAUUUGAAUCG